CAGCAAAUGAGGUGCUUUGUACCAGUGAUUCGGGGCGGGCGUGAAUAAGGAAGUGGGCGAAGAGCUUUUGCCAAAGAGUCUGCAACCAACCAUGUGGCCCGUAGUUUGGACCGCCAUGCGCGCAUACGCACCCUAUGUGACCUUCCCGGUGGCGUUCGUUGUCGGCGCCGUGGGCUACCACCUGGAGUGGUUCAUCCGGGGGACCCCUUCUACGAACCAGGACGAGAGGGGUGUCUCCGAGGUUCGAGAGGAACGCAGACUGGCGGAGCUUGCUGGUCGGGACAGUACCGAGGUCGUUAGCCUGAAGGACAGAAUCGAGUUCACGCCAAGGGCAGUGCUCGAGAGAAACCGACCGGUGAAAAGUUGAGGAAGUUGUGGGAAGUUUUAGUCCCCUUUGACUAUGGAGUGGAACGUCACCGUGUCAAUCAUGCAUCUCAUCAAAAACAGAAUCCAAUCACAUCCGGGUUCUAAUCGUAUCACGGACACUAGACCAUUACCAUUGGAAGUUGCUGUCACAUAGGCUAUUUAAAAUUCCGUUUUCUGUUGUAGUAUAUUAUUAUUAUGCUGUGCACAAUCAGACUACACACACACACACACACACACACACACACACACACACACACACACACACACACACACAUAUAUACAUACAUAUCCAUCUAUUAGGGUGGUUAACCAAACUGAUUCUAUCACCACAUGUAGGCUAAGUGUGAUGUGAUGGUAUGAUUUGGGGACUUUUUGGGGGGUCUCUUUGGCCUCUAGGUGGCAGUGUUGCACAUGUACUUUUGACUCGUCUCUCAGGUGUCAGGUGUGACUGUGGAGCAGAUCUAGGGAGAUCUGUGUGGGAUUGGGGGCUCAACCGAUGAUAACUCCUUCAGCAUGGAGGCUGCAGCAAGAGGCCUUGCCAUGGGUAGGGAUGGGGAUGGGAGGGCACUGAUGAACUCUGGAGCUGGGAAAUACUGUAAUGUGUGCUGCAGAGUUUCUGAAGUUUUUGUGGUCCGUUUUGCGAUGGGCUGUCUGGAUGUUAUGACUGAGUGCCUGCUUAAAGUGUGUGCGCUAUUAUUUAGAAACAGCUAUUGUAUUAUUCGUCAUCUGUAUGAAACUCCAGAGUAAAGUGUUCAAUAGCUAAAACAUUCACCGUAUGUCACUCAGCUGUGAAACUAUUAGACUUGAACUCAACCUUGGACAGCCAGACACCGAACACUCUCUGAGUUAGCAGAGCCUCUCUGUCCUUGAGCUUAAUGGAGGAGACUGGCACACAGUGUCCAUACAGUUGCCAGUUGUGUUCAUGUAAAGAUUCCCGUGUUGGUGUGUACUGUACUGUACCAGUAAAGUCAAAGAGUUCUUUUAACUGUG